UUAAAUACUCCUACACUCUCCACUAAAGACCAUAUUUCCUCCACAGUUGUGUGCUUCUUGCAAAGAUCCAUGAACACAAAAUGACCAUUCCACUACCUUUCAUGCUUGUUAUUAUGCUUGCCCUUUUCUUCAUAUCUAAAAUUUCCUCCGAAACUUACACCCUCACCCAGUUUCAGUCACUUCCCAGUGGAACCAGAACCACCUUGGUAUCCAAAGAUGGAACCUUCGAGUUGGGUUUCUUCAGCCCAGGUAGUUCCACAAACCGCUACCUAGGAAUCUGGUUCAAAAACAUCCCACUAAAAACCGUCGUUUGGGUCGCCAACCGUGACAACCCGAUCAACAGCAACACUACCAAGUUAACCAUAACCAAAGAAGGAAACCUGGCACUCCUCACCGAAAACGACACCGUUCACUGGUCAACAAACGCAAGAGCAAAAGCGAUCAACGUCAACGUUGUAGCACAACUCUUGGAUUCAGGCAACUUGGUCCUAAGAGACGAGAAAGACAACUAUUCUCAAAACUUGUUGUGGCAAAGCUUCGACCAUCCUUCGGACACGCUUUUACCAGGAAUGAAACUAGGAUGGGAAGUAACAAAGGAUGUUAAUCUCAACAGGUACCUCACUGCAUGGAACAACUGGGAAGACCCAUCUUCGAGUCUCUUCACUUAUGGCUUCUCGUUAAGCAAUAUUCCUGAAACGCAGAUAUUGAAUGGCUCAUCAAUGCUCUACAGAAGUGGCCCUUACAAUGGCGUUCGAUUGAGCGCUGUACCCUCGUUGAGGCACCGUCCAAUGUUCAAUUACGAUUACGAUUGCGACAUGACCGACACCAACGAGUGUUAUUACCAAUUCAAACCCUGGAAUAACUCACUGAUUUCCAGAAUGACCCUCAACCAAACCGUUUACGCUCUCCAGCAAUUGUUUUGGGUGGAAACAACUCAAGAGUGGAACUUGUCUUCAACUAUUCCGAGAGAUGACUGUGACAACUACAAGCGAUGUGGCGCUUUCGGGAUCUGCGCCGUGAUGGAUAACUCUAAGUCUCCAUCGUGCGAGUGCUUGAGUGGGUUUGAGCCAAAAUCGCCGCAAAACUGGGUUGCGGGAAAUUGGAGUGAAGGGUGCGUGCGUAGUAGCAAAAGAUGGAGGUGUAGGGAGACAAACAGUGACGGUUUCGUCGUGCUGCGUAACGUGAAGGUCCCAGACACAAGAACAUGUUGGAUUAAUAGAAGCAUGACACUCGAGGAAUGUAAGGUGAAGUGCUGGGAAAAUUGUUCGUGUACGGCUUAUGCUAACUCAGCAAUCGUUGGAAAGGGAAGUGGUUGUAUCCUAUGGUUCGGGGAUUUAUUGGACAUGAAACAGCUUCCGGAUACAGCGCAAGAUCUGUAUGUUAGAUUGGAUAUCUCCCAAAUGGCGAAUCGAGAAGCAAAAGUUAGUUCGGCGAAAAUGGUGAUUAUGGUCACAAGCAUCAUCUCAUCUGUUAUUACUAUGCUUGUAAUUUUAGCCUUCAUUUACAGGAGAAGGAAAGCCAAAGAUAUCGUCAAGACAAAAGUAGAAAGAAAUGAUAGCAACCAAGAAGAUUUGGAACUACCUUUGUAUGACUUUGAUACAAUAGCAUGUUCCACUAAUGACUUCUCAAGAGACAACAAGCUUGGACAAGGCGGUUUUGGUCCAGUAUACAAAGGCACACUACCAAAUGGAAGAGAUAUUGCAGUUAAAAGACUUUCACAGUCAUCUACACAGGGAUUAAUAGAAUUUAAGAACGAGGUUAUAUUUUGUUCAAAACUUCAACAUCGAAAUCUUGUUAAGGUCCUUGGUUGUUGCAUUGAAGAGCAAGAGAAAUUACUUAUCUAUGAGUACAUGUCUAAUAAAAGCUUAGACUUCUUUCUUUUUGAUUAUUCUCAAAGCAAACUUCUAGAUUGGUCCAAGCGAUUUAACAUUAUAAACGGAAUUGCUAGAGGACUUCUUUACCUUCACCAAGAUUCUAGAUUGAGGAUCAUACAUAGAGAUUUAAAAGCAAGUAAUAUUUUGCUAGAUGAUGACAUGAAUCCAAAAAUAUCUGAUUUUGGAUUAGCUCGAAUGUGUGGAGGUGAUCAGAUUGAAGGAAGUACAAGUAGAGUUGUUGGUACACAUGGUUAUAUGGCACCUGAAUAUGCAAUUGAUGGAGUAUUCUCCAUCAAAUCUGACGUAUAUAGCUUUGGCGUUUUACUACUCGAGGUUUUAAGCGGAAAGAAAAACAAAGGGCUUUCCUACCCUGACCGAAGCUACAAUCUUAUUGGACAUGCAUGGAGUUUAUGGAAAGAGAGCAUCCCAAUGGAAUUCAUUGAUAGUUGCUUGGGAGACUCAUACGUCGUAUCUGAAGCCAUACGUUGCAUUCAUAUUGGUCUUUUAUGUGUGCAAUAUCAAUCUGAUGAUAGACCAAAUAUGACAUCUAUAAUGACCAUGUUAACUAGUGAAAGUGCUUUACCACAACCAAAAGAGCCACUUUUCUUAAAUAAAAUGGUUUCACUUGAGGAGGAUUUUGGGCAAAACAUGCAUUAUUCAACCAAUGAAGUAACCAUCUCAAAGUUGGAACCAAGAUAAAGAAAUUGUUUUAUUUCUUACCAAUCAGAUUAAUGAUAAAUGGGCUUUGUAAUAUCCUAAUUGUAAUAUCAAUCUCGAAUCUUAGCAUUAUAGUGUCUGAUAACUUCAAACAUAUUUGUAGCCAGUUUAGGCUCAACAAGUUCAAUCACAUGCACAUUUCAUUUUA